UUGUGCAGGACUUCAUUCCACCCACAUAUGGAUCGCGUGAAGAAAGAUUCUUUAAAUGCAUAUGAGCGUGCUGUCAUUAGUGUAAUCUUGUCUUUGCGAUCCCUAUAGGAGCAACACGUAGGGAACAAAUAUGUUCCGAGGAACAUCACUUGCAUCUGGUCCUACAAACUUCAUAAGUAUUAAGAAACUACCUACAAAGGUUCUCACGGGAUAGUUUUCGUUUGUAUUUAAGCACCUGCUAGUUCAAUCGAUGUAAGACAUUUAUUUCUUCAGACUUCUAAAGGAUUCUGAUGGGAAUAAAUUAACAACACAACAGAAAUUAGUAUUUUGAGUGAAGCAUUCCUAUUGGAGAUAACUAGUGAGUGGCUAGUGCGUGUCUGCAUUCCUGGAUCUGGGCUUUGGUGACAGGUUGCUCUGCAGCAUAGGCCGAGAUCUAGGUUUGUUUGCAAGUUCAUUCCACAUCUUCUACCUGCCGUUUCUCUCCUGCAUGCAGUGGAAGAGCUACUGACUCCAUACAUGCACUUUAACCACUCUAUAUAAGGUGGGAGCUGAGCAUGCGCCAUACUUUGCUGGUCGCCGUCCUGCUGCUGGGCCGCCUGGGCUCGCAGGGGGCCAACAUCCUGGCGCCCAUCUGGUUCUCGGCGCCCAGCCACUUCGUCAUGUUCGACCGGCUGCUGUCGGAGCUUGCAGCCAGGGGCCACAACGUGACGGUGCUCAGCUACUUCCCCAGGAAGGCGCCUCUGCACAACUACCACGACAUUGCGCUGCACAGGGACGAAUGGCACCACCUCGGGGGGAUGUCGGUGGACGUUAUCCCUGUGUUGCGGUCCAUCACGGUGGGCUACGCCUACGGCUGGAUGGGCAACGUAGAAGGCUGCAGGGAGGCGUUCUCGCAGCCUCAGACGCGGGAGCUGGUGCGUUCUGCUGACCGCUACGACCUGGUCAUCACCGACAUCCACUUUGCAGACUGCACGGUAGCCUUCGCGCACCACCUGGGCGUGCCGCUCAUCAACGUCGCCACCAGCUUCCCGUUCGCCUGGACGCACGACAGGGUGGGGAACCCGGAUCACCCGGCGUACACGGAGCUGUUCAACUCGGAGGCGGUCGCGCCGUUCACGUUCUGGCAGCGGCUGAAGCACUCCGUGGCCCACGUGUACACGCGGCUCGGCAACCGCUGGCUGUCGGACUGGCAGGUGGACGCCGUGGUGCGCGAGGCCUUCGGGCCCGGCGUGCCGCCCACGCACGACCUGGUGCGCAACGCCAGCCUCGUGCUGCUCAACACCCACUGGAGCAUCGACCAGGUCAUCCCCAAGGUGCCCGCCCUCGUAGAAGUCGCGGGCCUGCACGUCGCAGACCCGAAACCUCUUCCGCAGGACAUUCAGAAAUUCAUGGACGACAGCCCUGCAGGUGUGGUGUAUUUCUGCCUCGGUUCAAAGUUCCGACCCGACUCAUUCGCUCCGGAGAAGCUGCAGGCCGUGCUGGACACAUUCUCCAGGCUGGAACAGCGCGUGCUCUGGAAGGUGGACGCCUCCAGCCUGCCGUCGCUACCGGACAACGUGAAGACGGCAGCGUGGGUGCCGCAGAACGACGUGCUCAAUCACCCUAACACGCGUGUUUUCAUCACUCACGCCGGUCAGAUGAGCAUGGUGGAGACGACGAUGGCCGCCGUACCUGUGCUGGCCAUUCCAUUCGGCGGUGACCAGGUGGCCAAUGCGGCGAGGGCGGCCAGGAGGGGCACCGGCCUCCUUCUGGAGUACCAGGACCUCACGUACGACACGUUCAGCAGCGGUCUGGACGCGUUGCUCAACGAUGCCAGGUAUCGUGAGCGCGCCAAACAAGUGUCCCAGCUGUUCCGGGACCGACCACGACCUCCGAUGGAGGAGGCGAUCUACUGGGUUGAGUACGUCAUCAGGCACCGAGGGGCGCCGCACCUGAGGUCUGCGGCGCUGGACCUGGUCUGGUACCAGUACCUGCUGCUAGACGUCGCUGCCUUCGUAGUGGCGGCGGUCGUCUUCUCUGUGGCGCUGCUCUUCUUUGGUGUACGGGCGCUGCUGAGGUGCUGCACGCCGAGGAGGGUCCCAGCUAACAAAAAGAAGACCAAAUGAGUUGGCGAGGGGCUGUGCAAGUUGUAACCAGUCGAAAGAGCCAAGUUGGUCUGUUAUCUGCAAAUAACAACAUAUAGUGGGUUUACAGAGAACAUAAGUACUAUAUAUAUUUGCUAGUAUUUUUAUGGCAUUUUGGAGGAGUUCGACAGACUCCAUUAAAAAAGUGUUUUCAUCAAUUGUUGCAGUCAUUAUCAGUGGAAUUUUCGCUGCUUCACACAUUCAACCUACACUAUAUACGUUCCAGAAGGAAUUUAUAAGUCUCUCUCUCUCUCUCUCUCUCUCUCUCUCUCUCUCUCUCUCUUUUGCAAAUAAGGGACAUUUAUGAUGUUAGCAUGUUUCAUUUGUGCUAGAAUAAAAGACCUUCGUUCUGUGAUCCUAUGAUAGCAGAUGCUUGACCACUGCAUGGCGGAACAUAUGUUUGUUUACACAAGUGUUCAACUUAGAUUU